UAAUUAUAUAUAUUAUGCCUAUAAUUAUACAUAUCUUUAUAUUCUAGCAUUAUACAGAUUUGGCAAUUAUUUAUGUAUAAUUAUACACAAACACAGGAAAUUCACAAUUCCUGCUGUUGGGAAAUCCCCCUCCCCACAUCCAGGGAAAAUCAUUCCCGGGAGAAUCCCCAUCCCCAGCAGCUUCUUCCCUGGAAAUCCAGCCCAUAAUACCCUGGUCCUGGAGGAGCCCUUUAACCCCAGCGCUGCCGCUGGAAUGGCACACGGAGCUGGGAGCACAGCCAGGCUUGGAGCUCUUUUAUUGCGACACAGCCGGGUGGGACACGGGGACCGCGGGCGGGGCCACCGAGGGGUUAAAGGGGACGGAGCCCUGGGGGCCCGGGGUGUCCCGGGGUGUCCCGGGGUGUCCCGGGGUGUCCCCGGGUGUCCCGGGGUGUUUGGGGGUGUCCCAGGGUAUCCUGGCGUGUCCUGGGGGUGUCCUGGGGGUGUCUCAGGGUGCCCAGGGUGUCCUCAGGGUGUCCCAGGGUAUCCUGGGGUGUUCUGGGGUGUCCCAGGGUGUCCUGGAGGUGUCCCAGAGGUGUCCUGGGGUGUCACAGAGUCCCAGGGUGUCCCAGUAUGCCCCAGAGGUGUCUCCAGGAUGUCCAAGGGGUGUCCCAGAGGUGUCCCAGGGGUGUCCCAGGGUGUCCUGGGGGUGUCUCAGGGUGCCCAGGGUGUCCCAGGGUAUCCUGGGGUGUCCCAGAGUGUCCUGGAGGUGUCCUGGAGGUGUCCCAGAGGUGUCCUGGGGUGUGUCAGAGUCCCAGGGUGUCCCAGUAUGCCCCAGAGGUGUCUCCAGGAUGUCCAAGGGGUGUCUCAGAGGUGUCCCAGGGGUGUCUCAGUGUCCUGGAGGUGUCCCAGUGUGUCCCAAGGUGUCCCCGGGGUGCCCACCCUGCUGGAAGACGUGCUGCUGGCAGCUGUCCCCUGGCCAUUCCCGAGGGAUUCGCUGCCAGGUGUGCUCAGACCCAAGGAUGAGCUGCUGGCUGUGGAAUCAGCCACCAAAACCAGCAAAAAGCCCAAAGUGGUGUUUCCUAAAGGGACCCGGGGACACACCUGGAGCUGGGGACGGCCACCAGCAGCAGGACUCCACAUGCCAGCUGGGAAUGUCCUCAGAGCAUCCCGGGGGCCGAUCUGUACCCAGAGCUCUGCCCGGGGGGUCUCACACACCCCUCCCAAGGCCAUCCCGGGCUCUGGAUCUCCAUCCCAGCUCUCCAAGAGGAGGGGACAGCACGUCCCUUGGGCGGGUGGCAUCGGUGGGAUGUCCCCGUGUCCCUGUCCCCACACUGGCCAGGUGACCCCACAUCCCAGCGAUGCCCACAGCCCAUCCUGCCGGGACCUGGCACACCCCGGGGUGGGGAGCAGGAAAAGGAGCAACGAGGGGAAACGGAAGGAGCUGAGCCAUGCCCAGGCUGGAAGGUUUGGGACAUGGGUGACACCACCCCGGGACUGUCCCCUGGCUGUCCCUGGCUGUCCCAGGGAGCAGCCAACAGACCCAUCCUCCAGGAGAGACACUCAAAACUCCUCGCUGGCACCUUUUGCUGCAACUGGUCCUCAUUAUUCCUUAAUUAACAUAGCCAGGAAAUCAAUUAAGUGCGACAUUUCUAAUUAAAUGCUCCGGGAGACGAUCGCCUGGUGAUGGUUCUGUGGAAGUGAAGGGCUCGACGCGAGCGGCGCUCCCCGUCCCUGCCUCCCUGCCAGCCACACAAACGGGAACGCGAGCGCGCGGGGUGUUCCCGCAAAGCCGGGCUCCGCGCUGAGCCUGGGAGAUUAAUUAGCGACUAACGAACGCGCAGGGUGUUAUCAGGAGCUGGCUCGGGAGGCUCCCUGGCCUGACAACCAGCGCGGGCCUGGAGCCACUGGGAGG